AUGAGUGAAGACAAAGAGAUCGCAAAUGCUAGUCCUUUUGUAUCACCACGUAAUACACCAGUACCACGAUCAAGAAGCAAUAUAGCCAAUGUAUAUAGAUCAUCACGUAAUAAUUUAAAACCAUUUUCACGAUCUAAUUCCUGUAACGCAACUUACCUUUCAAAAAAUAAUAGUGACGCUAUUGAUACUACUUUUCGUGUUCCAACAAGUACCAAUGAAACUAAUAAAUUUUUACCAUCUACCUUGGUGGCUGGUGAAUCAAGAACAGCUGAUAAAAUAUUUGGAUCAAAUAAAGCAGCCCAAGUACAAGUUGACACUAGUAAUAUUGGAUCAAUAACAUUGGGACCAGAUGAUAAUAGUAAAACUUUAUCAUGUACGUCGUUAUUGUCAGACGUUAAUCCACAAAAACAAUUAUUGAUUAAUUAUCCAAGUCAAGAAAAUUUGUUGGAAAUUAAAAAUUUAAAUAGCAAACCAACAUCGGCUAAUAAACCAACAACAACAACAACAACUGUAAUAAGUAAACCAGCUGAUCAGGAGAUAAGUGAAUUAUUAAAUAGUGUUAAACAGUAUAAUUAUAGUAAUAAUGAAAAUUAUUGUCGUUCUCAAUCUGUACCACUGCAUCGUAUGUUUAAUCCAACAUUAAUGUCACCAAUAUCAAAUCAAUUUUAUUCAAAUACCAAUAGUUUCAAUCAAUCAACAAGUAGUUCUCUUGUACAUACACCAGUACCCAGUGAAUUUGAUGAUUUUGUAUCAAUAACUGGACAAUCAGAUAGUUAUUUAUUAGAUCAAGUUGACGCUAAUUUUAUAAAUGAUGAUCAACAAUUUUUAAUUGAAGAUAAAACAAUAUCAUCCGAAAAUAUAAAUAAAAUAUUUGAUCUACUUGAUGAUGAUGAUGAUGAUAAUAACGACAAAGGCUUGAACAAUAUUUUAAAUCAACAAAACAAUGAUGAAGAAGAUGAUGACAGUGGUUUAAUUGUACUGGAUUCAUUACCAAGUGAUAGUAUAAAUUUACAAGAUACAAUGUUGGACCCAUCGACUGUUGAUUCAUUUCAAAAAAUAAUUAUCCAACAACAGCACCAUCGGCAUCACCAGCUGCAAUCUAGAUCCUAUCCAAAUACACCACUGCCUAAUUCAAUAACUCCAACGGCUUAUCAUCAAUCGUUUACUGAAGACAGCAAUGGACCACGGUCAUACCCACCAACCCCUAUAUCUUCAUCUCAUAUUGGCUCUCAAGAUAUCUAUCACGAAACAAACGAACCAAUGCUAUCAAGCCCAACGUUAAAUUCAUUGAAUUUGCACUCGACAGAACACGGUAAUAAUGACCCAACUGACAGUGUCUGUAGAAAUGUUAGUGACUUGUUGGAAACAAAUUUUCUUACUGACGGAGAUCCUGAUGAUGGACUUGAUCCACUGACUAAUUUUGACGGAUUACAGGAUGUUGAUUCAUUGGCUCCUUUAUUUAAUGAAGUAUCUGAUACUAAUCGUUGA